AUGCAGCUUCGUACUGGGCGCGCUGACCAGGCUGAUGGUGUGGCUCGAGCGUAUUCGCUGCUGUAUUUGUUGCUGGACAACUAUCCUGGACCGAAGAAUCCGACUAACUUUUCGUCGAGUCUCGACCUGUUCGUGCACUUGAAGCAGACAUUGCGGGGCACACUUGUAUUUGCUGCACAAAAUCUCACGGAAGCAGUCAACGGGAAACCUGUGCACGGAACUUUUGCCGCUCUGAGGUAUAUCAUUGACCAAGAAUCAUUCUAUAACCUCAUGUCAAAAGCACCGAUGGGGGAUUUUGAUCAAUGGAAGCAAGCACAUGACGAGCUUUUGGAGUCUGUUGCUGACUUCUGGAACUCCGUCCAACACAUCCUUUGCGCAGAUGCGCCUGAAGGCCUCGUUCCUGACGAAAUGGAGGAGGAAGCAAGCCUCGACACGAAGGAAAUCCUCAGCUACUCUUGGCGAGGUGUGAAAGAAGCUAGUGUAUUGCUUCGUGUUAUGAUUGCGAAGGCUCCAAUCGGUGACGAUGAACGGGCGCUCAUAUCUCCUGCUCUUUUCGAGAGACUAGGUCAGCUCUGCUUCACGCAGCUUCUUGGGCUUCGUCAUCGUGGUGCUUUCUCCACUGUUUCGCAAACCUUUGCAGCCUUCUGUAGGCGCUGUGUGUCGUCAAAUAUUCCAGCACUCCGUGCACUACCUGAGACAUGGUACCAGGAAACGCUACUAUCAAUCCAAGACAAAGCUGGCGCCAUCACACGUAGAUCUGCCGGUAUCCCCGCGCUCAUGGCAAGCAUCACGGCCGCAGACUCAAACAAGCUCUUUCCACGCGCCAUGAGCGACUUGAUAUCUGAAGCUUCCACCGAAGCUCAGAGCACAAAUAUCGAAGAGAGUCGGCUACCCCAAGUGCAUGCGCUCAACUGCAUCAAAGAGUUCUUCACGACUUCAAGGCUCAACGUGGCGUCUGAAGCUUACAUGGGCCAAGGGCUCGAACUUGCUGCAAAGACACUGAAUUCGAACAUUCUCAUGCUCUUCAAAGCGCUGAUCGAGCGACUGCUUGGUAGCAGCGAAGCCCAGGACUGGAAGGAGUUAGAACGUGCAAGGACCUCGCGAUUCUCAUAUGAUGACUACCCUAGUCUUGUCGCUAUCCUCACCGAUCUCCUCAAUCCCGAAGGCCCACUGAAGCAGUCCAUCGAGAGUGCGCCUGCCAGUGGCUCACCGCUUGAUCUUCAUGGCGGGGAAGGAGUGUUUCCUGCGUUGCAAAUCCUGCGACAAGCACGACCUCCAGAAACUCACCUCGACGCCAUUGUGGCUUCAGUGGAGAGGCUCUUGGCAAGCCCGCAUUGGCAUCUUCGUGAUAUGGCAGCGCGCACUGUAGUCUCGCUGCGACCGGUGCACCAGUUGUACGAUGCUACUUUUGCACUUCUUUCAAAGAGAACUGAGUCCCACAAUGUCCGACAUGGAACACUCCUUGCUGUCAAAUACAUGGUCAGAAAGCUGCUGCAAAGUCCUGAUGCUUUGAACCAAGAGGACUUCAGCCAUCUGAUGCAAAAGCUAGGCCAGCCCCCCGAGGAAUGGUACAUUUCCAGUCAUUGCCCUUUCACCAGGGCCGCUUUCCUCGAUGUGGUCAGCCUCUGUGGCAUGGCACUGGCUCCAUCGAUGGGUCCCCAAUACAAUCUUGGUGUGAGUGCAGCAGCAGGAGAUGACUUGCUAAGACAGUCCUUGGCACAAACGUUCUUCAUCGAUCGCACCAUUCUUCGCGAAAACAGUCUUGCGGUCAUGACAUCGGAGGACUACCAGGGCAUGGAUGCAGCCUUGGUUCUACUUGCGAAUAAAGAUCAAGACACUUGUUGCAUGGUAUUGGAAACGCUUGACCAGAUACUAAAGCUUCAGCCAACGAACGGCAUCACUAUACCACUCGACUUAGUACUAGCACACGUCUACAGCGUGCUGCUAUCCGCCAGAGACGCAGAAGUCAUUUCAAAAGCCCAAGACGUCCUUGCCAACAGUCUCACGAUCGGUACCUAUAAGACAAGCUUCUUCGCUCUCGUCUCAGAAGACCAAGUCCUCCUCACCCUCACAAAACUCGAGCACCAAUGCCUCUAUGGACCACCCUCAAACACCCAAAGCGGCUUACACCUCCUCGGCUUCUUCCUCGACCAUGCCUACGCAAACUAUCCAUCCCAGCGCCCCAGCAUACUGAAGGCAAUUGCCCGCUACAUCCGCAUCCUGCGCAUGACCAUCACCGACACAAAUCCCUUCGACAUGCGCCUCGCCGCCGCACAGUCGCUAUCCGCACUCUCGUCUAUCUGGCACGCCGAUGGCCCACUCAUCCUCGCCCUAUCCCUCAUCCUCCACACCCUCCUAAACGACGACGACGACGACGAAAUCCGCACCCUCGCCGCACGCACAACAUCCACCCUGCUCCACUCCCAAUCCCACCCAAAUACGAACCACACAGUUCCCCUCCUCUCAUCCCACCACCUGGCUGCCUUCCUCGCCCAGAAAUUCGCCACCUCACUCACCCUCGUGCGGGAAAUCUCGCGCCGCCUCAUCGACCCCUCAAUCCCCUUCGCACAGGAACUAGACAGCGCGAGGACGGAAAACACCGCGCUGUUCGUGCAGGAGAAACAAAACCUCUACUUGGACCCUGCGCUGGAUUACGUUUUAUACUCGCGCAUACUCAUGCACUCCAACGUCCCCGCGUCCACGUACCGUCAAAUCCAGACUUACACCCUCGCUGCUCUGGCCCUCCUCACGCAAACAGCGCGGCAGGAAAAAGAUGGCGCGCUGGGAUGGAGCAGUAAGCCCGAUGUGUUUGCGCUCGUGGUGCGGGUGAUUUGCGCGGCGGAAGUGGUGCUGGGCGCGGAAGUCAUGGUGGGAUUGAGGCGGUUUGCGGAUGCGUUGGAAGCAGGGGAGGGGCAUGGGUUGUUGGUUGAGAGGGUAGAGGGGGUGUUGGAGAGGGGGGUUGUGCGGAUGCUGGGAGAUGUUGGAAGUUCUUUGCGCAGGAUUGGAGAGUUGUGA